AUGUCAGAGGAGGUCACCACAGAGCAACAGAGAUGGUCUCUUUGCAAGCCACCAGAGGAAGACGAUGUCAAGCACAACACCAAAAAUAAGGAACCCAAGCCUCACAGCAGCCCUUCACAGUGUCCGAACCCAAACAGUCAAGCCAAAGAGUACAUACAGCACAGCCCACACCUUCAAUCCACAAAAAACCACUCAACAGGGCGUGGGUCAACCACAACUGACCACCUAGGCCCUAGUCGCACCUCUCAGGUGUGGAAUGAGGUGUCAAAACAGCUCCGAUUG